UCGCUCGCUCACACUCUAACUGGAGACACACAGACACCAUUUCGCUGAGAAGAAAACACCAACUACCUUAAGCGAUUAAGAAAAUAUGUGCAACCUUCGCCUUUUGUAGCAAGAAUUAUUUAAGUCUGGCAGCAGCUCACACAAGUCUUUACAAGAAUGGAGUCUGUAAAACAAAGGAUUUUGACCCCAGGAAAAGAGGGGUUAAAGAAUUUUGCUGGGAAAUCCCUCGGCCAGAUCUACAGGGUGCUGGAGAAGAAGCAAGACGGCGGGGAGACGAUCGAACUGACGGAGGAUGGGAAGUCCCUAGAGGUGCCUGAGAAGAAGGCUCCGCUGUGUGACUGCACCUGCUUUGGUCUACCUCGCCGCUACAUCAUCGCUAUCAUGAGCGGCCUGGGCUUCUGCAUUUCCUUCGGCAUCCGCUGCAAUCUGGGCGUGGCCAUCGUCGACAUGGUCAACAACAGCACCAUCCACCGCGGGGGCAAGGUCAUAAAGGAGAAAGCUAAAUUCAACUGGGACCCGGAAACCGUGGGGAUGAUCCAUGGUUCCUUCUUUUGGGGCUACAUCAUCACCCAGAUUCCAGGAGGCUACAUUGCUUCUCGGCUGGCAGCCAACAGGGUCUUUGGAGCAGCCAUACUUCUUACCUCUACCCUGAAUAUGCUAAUCCCAUCAGCAGCCAGAGUGCAUUAUGGGUGUGUCAUCUUUGUAAGAAUCUUACAGGGACUUGUUGAGGGCGUCACUUACCCAGCCUGUCAUGGGAUAUGGAGCAAAUGGGCCCCUCCACUAGAGAGAAGUAGAUUGGCAACCACUUCCUUUUGUGGUUCCUAUGCUGGAGCUGUGAUUGCCAUGCCUUUGGCCGGCAUUCUUGUACAGUACACUGGCUGGUCUUCAGUAUUUUAUGUAUAUGGAAGCUUUGGAAUGGUCUGGUACAUGUUUUGGCUUUUGGUGUCUUAUGAGAGUCCCGCAAAGCAUCCUACUAUUACCGAUGAAGAACGUAGGUACAUAGAAGAAAGCAUUGGAGAGAGUGCAAAUCUUUUAGGUGCAAUGGAAAAAUUCAAGACUCCAUGGAGAAAAUUUUUUACAUCUAUGCCAGUCUAUGCAAUAAUUGUGGCAAACUUCUGCAGAAGCUGGACUUUUUAUUUACUGUUAAUUAGUCAGCCAGCAUAUUUUGAGGAAGUGUUUGGAUUCGAAAUCAGCAAGGUUGGCAUGCUGUCUGCUGUUCCACACUUGGUAAUGACAAUUAUUGUCCCUAUUGGAGGACAGAUUGCAGAUUUUCUAAGAAGCAGGCAAAUUCUUUCAACUACCACAGUGAGAAAGAUCAUGAAUUGUGGUGGUUUCGGCAUGGAAGCGACACUGCUUCUGGUUGUUGGCUAUUCUCAUACUAGAGGAGUGGCGAUCUCAUUCUUGGUACUUGCAGUGGGAUUCAGUGGAUUCGCUAUAUCUGGUUUCAAUGUUAACCACUUAGAUAUUGCUCCAAGAUAUGCCAGUAUCCUAAUGGGCAUUUCAAAUGGUGUUGGCACAUUGUCAGGGAUGGUUUGUCCUAUCAUCGUUGGUGCAAUGACAAAAAAUAAGUCACGUGAAGAAUGGCAAUAUGUCUUCCUGAUCGCUGCUCUAGUUCACUACGGUGGAGUUAUAUUUUAUGCAAUAUUUGCCUCAGGAGAGAAGCAGCCCUGGGCAGACCCUGAGGAAACAAGUGAAGAAAAGUGUGGAUUUAUCCAUGAAGAUGAACUUGAUGAAGAAACAGGGGACAUUACUCAAAAUUAUAUAAAUUAUGGUACCACUAAGUCCUAUGGUGCCACAACACAGGCCAAUGGAGCAUGGCCCAAUGGCUGGGAAAAGAAAGAGGAAUUUGUACAAGAAGAAGUACAAGACUCAUAUACCUAUAAGGACCCACACGAUUAUUCAUAACAAAGCUAACUGAUGGAUUUAUUUUUAGUGUUCGUGGUUAAAUUAAUUGUGAUUGCACAAAAAAAAAAAAAUUAAAAAAAAUUGUGGUGUAAACAUGUAAACAUAUCAACCUGGCAAGUCUUGCUGUAAAAACAAACAAACCAAACCAGUCCCAUGAAGUUACCAUCAAGUGCAAUCUGUAGAAGUUGUGAAAUUUCAUCAUUCCAUUGAGGUCAUACAUUCCUGCAUUUGUAAAUUAAAGGUUGACUGGUCAGAAUUGUACAAGCAAGUAGUUACUCAUUGGGUCCACCUGAGCUAAAACUCAUCGCCAUGUAAUAAAGCACAAC